GAAGGCCAGAAAGGAGUAGGAGAUGGCACAGUUAGCUGGGGUCUAUAAGAUGAUGAAAACAUGACACAAGAUGGACAGGGAUGAUAAUUGGGCCUCCAAGAACAAUUUAUGAAAACCGAAUAUACAACCUUAAAAUAGAAUGUGUACCUAAAUACCCAGAAGCACCCUCCUUUGUAAGAUUUGUAACAAAAAUUAAUAUGAAUGGAGUUAACAGUUCUAAUGGUGUGGUAGACCCAAGAGUCAUAUCAGUUUGCAAAUGGCAGAAUUCAUAUAGCAUCAAAGUGAUCCUGCAAGAACUUCAGAGCCUAAUGAUGUCUAAAGAAAAUAUGAAACUCCCUCAGCUGCCUGAAGGACAGUGUUACAGCAAUUAUCCAAAAAUAAAACCACAGGCCCUCCCCUGCCCCCCAUUCAAUUUAAGCAGUUUUCUUUUUCCACAGUAG